AUGGCACACGAGCAGCUGAACACCAACAAGACAAAGAUAAGCAUUUGUCGAUGUCAUCGUGCCGACUCUAGGCAUUUCGACGUAUCGGGACGAAGCGUUUAUAUGCUCAAACGUGAUGAUGGUUGCCAGUCACGCGCCAUUUACACUGUGAUGAUGAGGGGUCUCGAGAUUGUCGUCCAGCGUUACCAUUUCGACCCCGCGAUGGUUCAACAUGACGUUGGUCAGCAUCAUUUCAUCGUGAGGUAUGGGAGGGAUGACGACACGAGAGAUGAGAGCUGGAGUUAUAUGAAGCUGCCCCUCCCAGCACUGCAUUGUCUCUUCAGAUUCAAUUUAAACACCAAGAGACUUACACAAGAUUAUACGAUACAGCAAAACAAAAACAUCAUGUCGGAGAGAAGAAGGUCUUCUGGCCCAAAGGCCCCUACUGGUCUCAAUGACGAGACGGCCGAAGAGGUCCACGAUAUUAUCCACCAGGCCGAGAUGGAAGAGCAAAAGAUGCACGGAAAGGAUGCGCUGUGUCAGGAUGAUGUCGGGCCUAGUGAGGGUGGAGAACAAAAACAGCAGUCGGCCAUGGGCAAGGUCAAAGAGGCGCUGAAUCUGGGCAAAUAAAUGUCGUGACGACAGGCCACCGCCCUGACAAUGGUAAUCCUUUCUUAUGUCGGCGUUGAUACCAGAUUGUUACAAUUAAUUGAUCUUUAAUUUAAUUCGG